UACAUUAAAAAUAAGCACGGUAAAACUUGUGACAGGAAAGGCAUGAUAGGAGGAUAUAGUGAAUUGGAGGAGCUGCGUAAUCGUCGUAUUAUCCGAUUCAAUGAUUAUGUUGAAGUUAGUGAGGCCGAUACCUAUGACAGACGUGCUGACAAGCCUUGGACCCGUUUAACCCAACGAGAUAAGGUACUGCUUUCUUUUUUAUGCAAUAAAACGUUGGUAUAUAACCUUAUAAUCAUUACUUUAUGUUUUUUCUCUCAUUCAUAA